AUGGGGCUUACGCAAUCGGUGAGCGCGAGCGAGGUGGCCCAGCGCACUCAGGUGUCGAUUGAAGAGGCCGAGGAGCUGCUGGCGGCCUUCACGAAGCACGGAGGCACGGGCACUCAUAUCGGUCUUGAUACAUUCAAGCAGGUGCUUAGCGACACACAGCACCUCUACGAUUCUCCUGCCUUCUCCCCCGAAGCUGCCGACCUCUACUUCCAGAUCUUUGAUACUACCCAUGACGGUCUCAUCGAUCCCUACGAGUUCGUGGUGGGAUGCUCCAUCGUUGCGACUGGAGAAGGCCGAACUGGUGUUCAAGACGACUUGUCGAGCUACAUCGACUACAUGCUCAACGUGGGCGAGAAGCUGUUCAACCAGAAGGCUCUGCCACUCGCACCCGUCCGUCUUGGCGCCGCGCAGGAAUACAAAAUGCGCUUCAAGACCAUGAAGAAGGAGAUCCGAGAGGAGAUGCUCAACAAGACAUUUGCCGUGGGCAGUGCUGGCAAGGUGUCGCGCGAGGAGUGGAUCACGGCGGCCAAGGCCAACAACGAAGCGGUGAACGCGUUCUUGCAUCCCUACGAGCCCCUCCAGGAGAUCGUGGACGAGGCCAUCGCCGAGAUCCACCGCGAGCUCGGCUCCAAGGAGUAG